GACCUGGAUUUUCCUUUCCUUUUCUUGUUCUGUAUAUACUCUAUUUCUCUGCACGUCUGCUCUUGUGCUUCUUUGGGUUGUUCCAUUCUGCGGCCCUCUCAUCUUCUGGGCCUGCAUAUCUGGAUUGUAUAUUCUGCUAUUAACUUUUUCGAUUUUUGAACUGUCAUUUGGGCGUGGGAAGUGGUGUUCUUGAGUUUCUUGUCUUCUGGAUUUCUUUUAUCUCCCGCGACAUAUAUCUUCUAGAUUAUUUUAUCAAUCGACUGAAGAGGCCAUCUUUGUACAUGCAGUACUAAAAAAUUAACUGAAGUUAUUGAUUGGGCUCCUUGUGUUCUAUGGCUUCUUCAAUGCAACCUGUUUCUUCGGAUGAGCCGGUCGUGACUGUGGAUUGGCUUUAUGCUAACCUUACGGACCCUGACUUGAAGGUGCUGGAUGCAUCCUGGUACUUGCCAGAUGAACAGAGGAACCCCAUUCAAGAAUAUCAGGCUGCACACAUUCCUGGAGCCCUUUUCUUUGACAUAGACAGAAUAGCAGAUCAAACUACAGAUUUACCGCAUAUGUUGCCAUCAGAAGAAGCUUUUGCUGCUGCUGUGUCUGCUUUAAACAUAGCAAACAAAGACAGAGUGGUUGUUUAUGAUGGCAAAGGAAUAUUUAGUGCUGCUCGUGUUUGGUGGAUGUUCCGAGUGUUUGGGCAUGACAAAGUUUGGGUAUUAGAUGGUGGACUGCCAAAAUGGCGUGCAUCCGGAUAUGACAUCAAGACUAGUGCUUCUAGUAAUGCUAUAUUAAAAUCCAGUGCCGCUACCGAGGCAGUAGAGAAAGUGUAUCAGGGACAGCCAGUUGGCCCAAUCUCAUUUCAGACUAAAUUUCAGCCACAUCUUGUUUGGUCCCUGGAACAGGUAAAGAGAAACAUUGAGGAAAAAAGCUACCAGCACAUAGAUGCACGAUCAAAACCUAGGUUUGAUGGAGUAGCACCAGAACCGCGAAAGGGUAUCCAAAGUGGUCAUAUACCUGGAAGCAAGUGUGUUCCUUUUGUCCAGCUGUUGGAUGCUCAACAGACACUGUUGCCAGCAGAUGAAAUUAAGAAGCGUUUUGAUCAAGAAGGUAUCUCUUUGGAUGACCCCAUCAUGACUUCUUGUGGCACUGGUGUAACUGCUUGCGUUCUUGUAUUGGGCCUCCACCGUAUUGGAAAGCAUGACAUUGCAGUCUAUGAUGGGUCUUGGACUGAAUGGGCUCUACAAUCUGAUACGGCUAAAGAAACCUCAUGAAUGCCACGUUCUUAGAUUCUCAUUGAGCGUUCGGGAGAUUUGCCCACCACAGAUUUGUGUCUUUGUAUCCUUGUAUGUUACAAGGAAGGUUUCAGGUCCAGGACAUCAAAGCGUCAGUGUUUUUUCUCGUGUCAAAUGAUUUAUCUGGUCAAAUCCAAUAUGUCAGAAGAAGAUUGAUGAAGAAGAAAAAGUUUGUUCCUUUCUAGAAUUAACUGAACCUGAGGCCAACGAGAAAAGGGCCAUUUCUACGGAAUACAUGAGAAUAAAAGGAAAAUUAGAUGAACAACAACAACAACAAGAAACACAUGACAGAUGAGGCAGGAAGAGCAAGAUGCAUGGUCAUUGUUCUUUAAUCUGUGUCUGUCGAAUGAACUGGUCCAGAUCUUUAAGGAUGGAAGGUGUUGAUUGAAUGUCUUUAUGAUUUGUCAAGGUGGUGACAAAGUCUCUAGGAACAAAGCAUUUUUCUUCCAUGUACAUCUUUUCUUCUAUAACUGGAGAAGUAACCAGCUUUUGCAUUUCUUCAUUCGCAGUCA